UAUGUUUUGGAGUUGCAGACAAAGUAUCUUUGCUGAAAUGAAGAAGAAAUUUGCACAGGUGGAAAGUGCUGCUGAGGAACCCAGGGUGCUGUGUAUAAUACAAGAUACCACAAAUUCCAAGACGGUGAACGAGCGUGUUACCUUGAACUUGCCAGCUUCCACACCACUUAAAAGACUGUUUGAAGAUGUGGCUUCAAAAGUGGGCUAUGUGAACGGAACUUUUGAUUUAAUGUGGGGAAAUGGAGAUAAUGUAACUGAUACGCAGACUCCAAUAGAUCAGAAGAGUGACAAAACUAUUCUUGAUGCUGGUUUUGAGCCAGGGAAGAAGAACUUUCUGCAUUUGACAGACAAAGAUGGUGAGCAGCCUCAUGUAAUGCCGGAGGAGUCGAGUACAACAGAUGACAGUGUGCAAGACAGAUUUAUAGGCCCUCUUCCAAGAGAAGGCUCUGCUGGCUGUACCAAUGACUAUGUCAGUCAAAGCUAUUCUUAUUCUUCAGUCCUGAGCAAAUCGGAGACAGGUUAUGUGGGGCUAGUAAAUCAAGCAAUGACUUGCUACUUGAACAGCCUCCUACAAACACUUUUCAUGACUCCUGAAUUUAGAAAUGCAUUAUAUAAAUGGGAAUUUGAAGAAUCUGAAGAGGAUCCUGUAACGAGUAUCCCCUACCAGCUUCAAAGACUGUUUGUUUUACUGCAGACCAGCAAAAAGAGAGCAAUUGAAACAACAGACGUUACCCGGAGUUUUGGAUGGGAUAGUAGUGAGGCAUGGCAGCAACAUGAUGUACAGGAGCUUUGUAGAGUCAUGUUUGAUGCUCUGGAGCAGAAGUGGAAGCAAACAGAACAGGCGGACCUCAUAAAUCAGCUGUAUCAAGGCAAACUGAAGGACUAUGUAAGAUGUCUAGAAUGUGGCUAUGAAGGCUGGAGAAUCGACACCUACCUGGAUAUUCCUUUGGUCAUCCGGCCGUAUGGCUCCAGCCAGGCGUUUGCUAGCGUGGAAGAAGCACUGCAUGCUUUCAUUCAGCCUGAGAUUCUCGAUGGCCCCAAUCAGUAUUUUUGUGAACGGUGUAAGAAGAAAUGUGAUGCAAGGAAGGGUCUGCGGUUCUUGCAUUUUCCGUACCUGUUGACAUUACAGUUGAAGAGAUUUGACUUCGAUUAUACCACUAUGCACAGAAUUAAACUCAAUGAUCGCAUGACUUUUCCUGAGGAGUUAGACAUGAGUGUCUUCAUUGAUGUUGAAGAUGAGAAGUCUCCUCAGACUGAGAGUUGCACUGAUAGUGGAGCUGAAAAUGAAGGCAGUUGUCACAGUGAUCAGAUGAGCAAUGAUUUUUCUAAUGAUGAUGGAGUUGAUGAAGGAAUCUGCCUUGAAAGCAACAGUGCAGCAGAAAGAAUUUCUAAAGCUGGCAGUGAAAAGAGUUCUUUAUUGUAUGAGCUCUUUUCUGUUAUGGUUCAUUCUGGAAGUGCUGCUGGUGGCCAUUAUUAUGCCUGUAUAAAAUCUUUCAGUGAUGACCAGUGGUACAGCUUUAAUGAUCAGCAUGUUAGCAAGAUAACUCAGGAAGAUAUUAAGAAAACAUAUGGUGGAUCUUCUGGAAGCAGAGGCUAUUACUCCAGUGCUUUUGCUAGCUCCACAAAUGCAUACAUGCUGAUAUAUAGACUGAAAGAUCCAAUGAGAAAUGCAAAGUUUCUUGAGGCACAUGAGUAUCCAGAGCAUAUUAAACAGUUGGUACAGAAAGAGAGAGAACUGGAAGAACAAGAAAAGAGGCAACGUGAAAUCGAGCGCAACACUUGCAAGAUUAAGUUGUUCUGCAUGCAUCCUGCAAAACAAAUAAUGAUGGAGAACAAAUUAGAGGUUCAUAAGGACAGGACACUGAAGGAAGCUGUGGAAAUAGCUUACAAGCUAAUGGAUUUAGAAGAGGCUGUUCCUUUGGAUUGCUGUCGUCUUGUCAAAUAUGAUGAGUUUCAUGACUACUUGGAACGAUCUUAUGAAGGAGAAGAGGAUACACCAAUGGGUUUGUUACUUGGAGGUGUCAAAUCAACGUACAUGUUUGACUUGCUGUUGGAAACAAGAAGACCUGACCAAAUUUUCCAGUGCUAUAAACCUGGUGAGGUCAUGGUAAAGGUUCACGUAGUUGACCUGAAGACUGAAUCAGUUGCUUCUCCAAUAAGUGUACGAGCCUAUUUGAAUCAAACAGUUUCAGAAUUUAAACAGCUAAUUUCAAAGGCUACGCACCUGCCCGCUGACACAAUGCGGGUGGUAUUAGAACGUUGCUACAAUGACUUGCGUCUCCUGAACGUUUCCAGCAAGACACUGAAAGCUGAAGGCUUUUUUAGAAGCAACAAGGUAUUUAUUGAAAGCUCAGAGUCUUUAGAUCAUCAUGUGGCAUAUACAGAUUCUCAUUUAUGGAAACUUUUGGAUCGUCAUGCAAAUACAAUCAGACUGUAUGUUUCAUUACCAGAGCAAUCACCUGGAUCUCAAUUUAGACGAGCAGUUUAUCUGAAGUCUAGCGGAGAUUCAGGCAACUUGGAUGAAGCCUGUGAAAGAGUAAAAGGACCUGUAGGUAAUAUGAAAUCUGUAGAGGCAAUUCUGGAAGAAAGCACUGAAAAGCUUAAAAGCUUGUCCCUGCAGCAGCAGCAGGAGGGGGAUAAUGGAGACAGCAGCAAAAGCACAGAAGCCAGUGAUUUUGAAAACAUUGAAUCACCUUUAAAUGAAAUAGACUCUUCAGCAUCAGCAGAAAACAGAGAACUUGAAAACCAAAUUCAGAUUUCUGAUCCAGAGAAUCUCCAGUCCGAGGAGCGGUCGGAUUCGGAUGUAAACAACGACAGGAGCACCAGUUCAGUGGACAGUGACAUCCUCAGCUCCAGUCACAGCAGCGAUACUUUAUGCAACGUGGACAAUGCCCCGCUUCCCUUGGCUAACGGACUUGAUUCUCAUAGUAUCACGAGUAGCAGGCGAUCAAAAGCAAAUCAGGGGAAAAAAGAAACCUGGGACACAGCAGAAGAAGAUUCUGGAACGGAUAGUGAAUACGAUGAAAGUGGCAAGAGCAGAGGAGAAGCACAAUAUAUGUACUUUAAGUCAGAACCCUACACCACAGAUGAAGGUUCGGGAGAAGGGCAAAAAUGGCUGAUGGUGCAUGUUGAUAAAAGAAUUACACUGUCUGCCUUCAAGCAACAUUUGGAGCCUUUUGUUGGAGUUCCAUCUUCUCACUUCAAAGUCUUUAGAGUCUACGCCAGCAAUCAAGAGUUUGAGAGUGUUCGACUGAAUGAGACCCUUUCAUCAUUUUCUGAUGACAAUAAGAUAACUAUUAGACUUGGAAGAGCCCUUAAGAAGGGUGAAUACAGAGUCAAAGUCUAUCAACUUUUGGUAAAUGAGCCAGAGCCGUGCAAGUUUCUUCUAGAUGCGGUUUUUGCUAAAGGAAUGACUGUCCGACAGUCGAAAGAGGAGCUGCUUCCUCAGCUUCGAGAGCAGUGCGGCCUAGACUUGACAAUUGACAGGUUUCGCCUACGAAAGAAAACGUGGAAGAACCCAGGCACUGUGUUUCUAGAUUAUCAUAUCUAUGAAGAAGAUAUCAAUAUUUCAAGCAAUUGGGAAGUUUUCCUAGAAAUACUUGAAGGUGUAGAAAAGAUGAAAUCCAUGUCACAGCUUGCUGUUCUAUCGAGGCGAUGGAGGCCAUCAGAGAUGAAAUUAGAUUCUUUCCAGGAAGUAGUACUAGAAAGCAGCAGCGUUGAAGAAUUAAAAGAGAAGCUGAGUGAAAUAAGUGGAAUACCCUUAGAAAACAUAGAAUUUGCAAAGGGUAGAGGAACGUUUCCAUGCGACAUUUCCAUACUAGAGAUUCACCAAGACUUGGACUGGAAUCCUAAAGUAUCUACGUUGAACGUCUGGCCUUUGUACAUUUGUGAUGAUGGUGCAGUAAUAUUUUAUAGGGAUAAAACUGAAGAAUUAAUGGAAUUAACAGAUGAGCAGAGAAAUGAACUGAUGAAAAAGGAAAGCAGCAGACUCCAGAAAACUGGACACCGGGUAACCUACUCUCCUCGUAAAGAAAAAGCACUAAAAAUUUAUCUGGAUGGAGCACCAAAUAAAGAUUUGACGCAAGACUGAUACUCGCUAUAGCAUUUUCCCUGGGGAAUUUUUUUGUUUAAAAUAAAAAAGGUUCACUACUACUGUGUAGUGCCAUUACGGCAGGACAUUGAUUAGGUGUAAAGCGCUGACACCAGCACUGGUUGGGCCGUUACCAGCCAGCAGCGCAGUGCCCCCUCGGGUCACUGUUUGACUUGGAAUCAUGUUGUGCACUAUAGUCAAAUGUACUGUAAAGCUAAAAGGGAUGUGCAAAUAAAAGAUUAGAACUAAAAAGUGGGAGGGGAGGGAAACGAGUGGAAAUUUUUGAGGACAGUGUGCACAUAGUAGCUAGUGAAACUAGCCUCAAACAGGAUACUCAUAGCUUAAUAAUAAAAGCUGUGCAAAGGCCAUGAAAGAAUCCUUUUUUCUGUUUGUUUCACUGAUACACGCAUUACCUCAUCAGAGAGUCUGGAGUAAACGUUAACGUGUUGGUUCUACAAAAGCAGCAGCGAAGGAAGGGCCGGAGAGGAAACGGAAGUGCUGCAAGUGCAGGGUGUGAGAAUACUCUUCCAUGGACCAGGUAGUCUGAGAGGUGUCUGCAGAAAGCUGCCAGCAGGUGUUGGUUCAUUUGGCAGAAGUGCUGUUGUAAGGCAAACUGGUUUUUAAUAGGUUACAGAAGCCGGAGAGCAGCUCGAUUAUAUUGCGUUCAAUGUGUAAAUAAAACCUGCCCUGUCCAUUUACCAGAACCGCAGCUCAGCUAUUUGCCAUGGUAUUUCUUUUCACAUAUCAACAUUCACUGUGUACAUUUGGAAGUGUAGUUGCCUAUUUAAAUUUGUAUUCAUUUAUGUUUGACGAUGCUGGGUACUUUAGGGUUGUAUUUCCCCUUGUUAAUGAAGUUUUUGUUCAGCUCCUUUUUGUACAUUUUGUUUCUGAGACUAUUACGAGUUUGCAUCUUCUCCACCCACUGGAAGUCAUUUUAUUUUUCCCAGAGUUGGUUCCAUAGCUAUAUGUAGUUGGAUAUUGGGGCAACCUCUAACACCUCAACACACAAACUCGGUAGUUCAGGUUGUGGUGCAAAGAAUGAUGCAGUCAACAUGAUUUCAUUGCAAAGCCUAGGAACAGCAAGUUUUUGCUUUGGUCCGUGAAGAUCAAUAGAGAACAAUUCUCCGUAGUUUUUGGAAAACCACCUAAUUUAUAACAAUCAAAAGAUUUUGGUAAACUUUUUCAUGCCAGAUGCUGUUUACAACAAUGAACAUGCCAAUAAAACAUUUGUUCAUUCUGUUGUGUUAUUCUAAUCAUUAAAUGCUGUGGCUUUUAUUUGAAAAAUUAUGGAAUUAUUUCAUGGAAGUAGAGACUUUCUGAAGGCAGUGUCAGCACUGUAAGGCCGUGUGUGUGCGCACGCUCACGCGUGUAUGCAGUAUUACAGGAAGGGGUUUAGAGCCUGUCUGCUGCUCCUCUUUUUACUUAUUCAUGCUUAAUUUUUCCUCAGCUAUAAGUUUCCUUUUCCAGAACUGAAUUUCUCACCAGUGAAACUUCAAAGCUCCAGCUGUGAAUGGCAGAUCAAGUUCUGCGCCAGAGAGGAAAAAGGAUUUUCAAUAACUGAACAUUCAGUUCUUCCUUGCAUGCUGUCCCCCAGCAACCUGAAAACCCCGGGGGCUCUGGCAGCCGGGAACCAGGCACUGCGCAGAGGAUUCCCCCUCCUGUCUGACCUGGGCCGCCUCGGCCAGCCGAGGGAGGUGGAAGCAGGAAGCAUGGAGCGAGGGCCAGCCAGGAGGUGGAGUUCUCCACUAAACCACCAUUUCCAUAGUCUGUAGGCUACUGAAGGAUCCUUGGAGGUUUUAAAAGAGAGAAAAAAGUUAGCUAUCAAAUGGGUCAUGAAUUUUCUUUGAACUUGGACAUUUGGAGAGGCAAAAAUCUAGAGGUGGAAUAAAGUAGAGUUGAGAAAAGAAUUCCAAUAACUGCUUGCUUAAUCUCUAGCCCUAUUUGGGAAACUUCCAUUGAGAACUACUUUGAAGAAGUUCAUGUUACACCUGUGAGUCUUGGCAGAAAUCUGGCUGGAGGACUGGGGCAUCCUUGCAAUGAUUUCCUGACCAGCACUGCGCUUCCUUCUGCACAAGUGUACUGGGAAUAUAUUCUUCAUUGUUCUGGGAGACAUUCUUCAGCAUCUGCUUUACGUUCUGAUCAUUUCAAACGUUUUUGAGUUUUACCAUGGGCAUUUUAAAGAAACAAAGAGCCUUGAGUUUCUAAUUUGCUUAGCUCAGCAGAAAUCUUGCUGACCUGAUGAAAUACUAACGCUUUAUCUUUCAGGGAUUGUGGCAUCAAGAAACUGGAAGGGAGAAUAAUGCUGUCCUUAAGGAGGGUGGUACUUCCUGACAAUUAUUGUGCUCAUGGGGUAUUUUUUUAAUGGGAAAAUUGCAGUGAUACUGAACUCUUUCUAUAGAUGGGCUGUCUCUAAAGCACAGUAAUUUUAUUAGGGAUGGAAAGGAAAGGUGAAUUCAGUGGACUCAGCGUAUGUAUGUGUGCAUGUGUUGGUGUGAGAAUUGGUGGUAGAAAUAAAUUCUUAAACUAAAAGACUGUUCUGAUGAAACUUACUUCCUAUUCAUAAUGAUAAUGUUUAGUAACAUUAAUUCUGGUGCCUAAGGAAUUUGUUGAAAAGAUUUCAUGGACCAGAAGUGGUGAAAGACUUGCAGGAUAGUGGCCCAGUCUUCUUAGCAGCUCUUGUUAGGUUAUGGGUGCUUUGCUGUUCCAAAUUAGACACAAGCAAGUAGGGAUUUUUUUUGAAGAAGCUUCAUAAAAAGUUACUUGGCUGGAGCUUCCUGUCACUUUUUACCAUGUGCAGUAACAGGGUGAAAUCUGUACCCCAAAACCAUUAACAGUGAAAGAGCCAUUGUAGCAAACUGCUGGGACAGCUGGGAGCUGGGGGUUCGGUGGGUCGGAUUUGACUCUUAGCUCGCUAUUGAUUGCUAAAAUCAGUGACCUGUUACGAUGGCAAUGAUGAUCACGUUUUGUAACACAUUUACACCCAUGAAGUGUAUUAAAAGCACAAACCACUUCUCAAAGAGUUUUCUCUGCAUGUACUGGAAACAAGUAGGAAGCACAGGUCUCUACAUGCAAGAAGCUAUUUAGGUUGUCUUACUGCUAAGCUGGACUAAUGAAUUUAUGUUCACUGCCCCCAUCUCAAAAAGUGUAAGUGAUGUGGAGUAGAGUCAACAGAUCCUUUAGCUGACAUGGCCCAGGAAGGUACGUUCAUGUAGUGCAGAGUGCUGCCGUGCAGCUGGCACUGUGUUUGGCUCUAGCUUAGGCACAGCCUUGCAACUGCGCUGUUCUAUACAUCGAUACUUUAUCUAUUCAGACUACAACAGAGAAUUCUGUGUUCUACCCCAGUCAGCUGGGAUACGCCUUGCCCUUGGGAGACAGACCCCCGAACAGCCAAGCUGAAAGUUCCGAUAUACAAACCAGUGUGUUACAGACACCUAAGCGUGCAUGCGAUUUGGUGUUUGUGUGGAAAAUGUGGUAGGCUUGUCUUGACAGUAUGUUCCUCAUGGAGUGGGGGAGGCCAACAACCCUUGCAAA